AUGAUAGAAAAUUCUAGUUUUGAUUAUGAAUUGUAAGUUUAUUUUUUUAAAAGCAAUUUUUGAGCCAAUUUCCAUUUGAUUUUUUGGAAGGAAACUUUGAAUCAAUUCCAAAAAAUCAGACAACUUUCGAAAAUUAGAUACAGUGUUUCAUCUUUGGAUCGGACCAUUUCAAAUAAACAUUCUUUUAUGAGUUAGUAUAUUUUUUCAGAAGAAAAUCUGAUAGAUCAAGAUUGUACAAACCACACAGACGACAAAAAAGAUUUAUGAGAAGUUCGGAUAAACAAAAAAGUUUGAUAAAGAUUUUCCAUUCUUUGGAAAAUGAAUGCGAUGUGAGUUUGAAUACAGUUGCAUCUAUUAUUUAUAUAUGUUUAGAACGAUUUUCAAAACUGUGUGAUCUACUCGCUUAACAAAAACAAACGGUGGAAACUUUUGGAAAAUAUUGGAAGUGAUUUAUUGAAAGAUUUUCAAGAUAUUAACAACGGGUCAGAAAUUAUAAUUAUUGAACGAGUUUUUGAUGGAUUAUGUGGAUCAGAAUGGACGAAAUCAAUUCACGCAUUCCAAGAUCAUUUGACAUAUUCUAGAGUUAAAAAGAUUCAUCUCUCAAGCCCUCAAUAUAUUUCCGAGAACAGAGGUAGCCGAGGAACUAAGGUGAGACACUUACAAUCUACCUAAUUUUAAUCUUUGAUCGUUUUCAAGGUAGUCAACAUUACUGCUUCUCCCGAAAUCAUCAGCUACAAUAUUUUUGAAACACCAAAAAAUUAUGGCAAAUUAUAUGAAAACGAAAUGGCUGAGACAUGUGAGUUACCUUUCUGAAUUAUUUUUAUUCAUCUAAAUGUCAAAAAAUUGCAGGGUGUACUGGAGAACUCAAUUAUCCCGAAAAAAUAAAAUGGAAGUUUAACACAAAAAAUGCUUUGCGAGAGUUUCACUGUAUUUUUUUUUGCAAUUCGAGGGAGACGCAGACUUUAACGUGUGCAGACAAAUCUCUCGCCGAAAAAGGGAGAGAAAUAGUGUGUGGCAGACACACAUCGUGUCGAGACCAGCCUCUUUCUCUCACUGUCUGCGUCUCCUCGGAAUUGCAUUUUUCUAUUAGGAAAAAACACAGUGGUUUUUGGAUGAACAAAGCUCUACACAUACAGACAAAAAUCAAAUAUUUGAGAACCCUUAAGUAUUUCUGUUGUUAUCAAGUACAGAUGUCGCGACAUGUUUUUUUUUCAAAUUUUAAUUGUAGAGCAUUUUUACAAUUGAAAAAAAAAACAUUAGUAAAACAAUAUUGUGAAAACAUUACAAAUUUUUGUUCAUUUUUUUCCAAUUUUCAUAAAAUGACACAACAAUUGACAUCAUGUGUAUUUUUAAUCUCAAACUAAUAAAAAACUGACGAUUGCGAAAUAUUUCACAAAGUCAUGAGUAAAUAUAUUAUAAAAUCAUGUGGUUUUCUCAUUUUCCUAUCAUUCAACUUUUAUUUCAGCAACAAAUAUGAAUUUUUCAAACGAUUUUGAAUACCAGCUGUGAGUUUUAAGUUUAUUUUUAGUUCAUUUUUUUUCUAAAUUUUCCAGACAAAAAGCUGGAACAUCUUCAAUGUUCCAAGGAACCAAAAAACCACAUAGAAGAAUGAAACAAUUUAUAAAAAACUAUGGAAAUACCACUGGACUCAUAAAAUUGGUGCACAACGAAGAUGUUUAUCAAAAAACACGAGAUGAUUUUGAGCCAUUUGUUGUUUAUUCAUUAAAUCGAAAAAAUCGAUGGAAAUUAUCAACUGAAAUGUCACCAAAAACUCUUGAAAACCUUCAAGAAAAUAAUGUUAUUGUGGUUGUAAUUGAGAGACAAUUCUCUGGAAUUUAUGGAGCAAUGUGUGCCAGUUAUGUGCAUACAUAUUUAAAUCAUAUUAACAUGUCAAAAGUAAAAAGCAUCUAUCAAUUGAAUCCUGAGUUUUCUGUCAAGUCUAGCAGAGGAAAGGGAAGAAAAAUGGCAGAAGUUGAAGGAUUUCCAGAUGUUAGUUAUAAUAUUGUCACAUUACCAGAUAACUAUGAAAAACUUUAUGCAAACAAAGUUCAAUCAAGUGAGUUUCAAUUAAAAUUAUUCUAUUAUUUUUAUUUUUGAAUAAUAUUUUCAGCUUGUACUCAUCAACAUCAAUCCAGAAAAUAUUAUAAAUUAUUCAAAGACGAAGUACGAGAUAUUAUGGAAAAUGGAGAUUAUAAUAACAUAGAACAUGAAAAUUUUGAAGACGAUUCAGAAAACACAUACGGUUUACAAGAGAAGUUCUACAACCUUAUGGAAUAUGUUGUUUCAAAACCAGCACGCAAAAACUUGAGAAAAUAUUAUGGUUUUAUCAUUGUUUAA